GGUGAAGCGGCGCUGACCCUGUUAUGGAAUGAACCGAUGCCCGGACGGGGCGUCUGAGUGUCCGCGAUCGUCAUCCUCGACACGAGCAUCAUGACCCCGAUGACGCGGCUGCUCCUCCUGUCCGCUCUGCUGGCGACGCAGUCCUGCUCGACCGUGUGCUCGGCGAGCAGCGAUGGCGGACCCAACAGCCCGAUCUUCAAUCUGGACCACACCGCUCUGGAGAAGAACCUGGCGGCGAUCUUCAACAAGGUGGCGCACAGCUCCGCGACCACGAAGCGCAGCGUGCCGGCGUACGACGCCCAGGUGUCGGCCAGCACGACGUUGUCGACGGUGCCGUCGCCGCUGACCACCAGCACGAUCGUCAGCACGACCACCACCAGCUCGUCGAUACCCGCUGUCAAGUACCCGGCGGCGCCGCGGGCCACGGCGUCACCCGUCUUCCGGGACCUGCCGUCGUACGCGCCGCCCUCCAGAGCGCUCUUCACGCCACCCCUGCCGCCGGAGUACCUGCACCCGUUCGCCGACAAGCCGACGCUGCGGGGCACCAACUCGGACGUGCACACCGGCAACAGGAGGCCGGUGCCGCCGCCGAGCCUGACGCCGGCGCACGAGCGGAUACCCAUCCGACCGCCGGAUCUACCUCAGAGUCCCUCCCAGCUGCCGGAGAGGCAUCACUCGAGGAACAAGCCGGCGAGCGUGGCCGACAGCAGGGAGCAGAGGCCCGCGGAGUCCGGCGAGGCCGAUCGGAAGAACGGCACGAACGACCCCUCGUUCGUGACCCUUCACUACCCCAGUAUUUCUAGGAUCUUGUCCGGCAGCAACGGCAGGAAGCAGGAUAUACCUGACAUACUGCUGAAGCCCCUAGCCACGAAGAGUCCGUUGCUGCCGAACAUACCUCCCGCCCCGACGACCGACAAGACCACGUCGCCGUCGAGCACCCUCGCGCCGAGAGCGUCCGGCAGCACCGCGGACCCCUCGAAGAUCGCCGUCACGCAGCCGACGAUCUUCAACCUACCCAACACCGGCCGGCAAGACGACGACGGCUACCACCACGGCCUGAGGAACGAACACGGCCUGAAGCCUGUAGACAGUAUAGAGAUAGUGCACUCGGAGAGGCUGCCGUAUCCGCAGGCGCAGCCGCCGGCGCCAACGCCGAAGCGGCCGGCGAGCGCCGACGACGACGUGGACGAGGACGAUCGUCUGAUACCGCAGGUCGACACGCAUCCGCUCGAGUCCACGUGGCGGAUCGCCUGGUCGCUGCACGUGUACGUCGCGGCGAUUAUGUUCACGCUCAUGGCCUUGUACUCGAUCUACAAGAUCGUACGCUUCAACGAGGCAACGAAUCUACUCACGCAGUCGUACUUCCUGGCCGUUCACCUGCUGCUCACCACGAUCUGCACCCUGAGGUGCUUCCACCUCUUCUACGACGCUUACAAUCUCGGACACUCGCUGCCGGAGUCGCUGUCCAGGGUGCUCAUGUACCUGCCGGCGCCGCUCCUGUCCACCGCGUUCGCCACUCUGAUGCUGUACCUCGCCCGGUGCUCGGAGGCGCCCUCGCUCAACAACAGCAUAGUCUCGCCCAUCACGCUCGUGCUCUCGUCGACGGUGCACGUUGUGCUGUGCGUGUCCCUACACGUGUCCGCGCAUAUGCUCGGCUAUCAGGACGAGGCGAGGAUUCUGCCGCUCAUCUGCCAGUGCAUCUACAUCGUCGUCUGCGUCACCCUGGGCCUGUGCUACAUGUACGUGUACCGUGUGGUGCGCUCGCAGAUCCACAUGGCCAGCAAUAAGGCGGCCGGCGCGAAUCACAUGAUGGGCGCGGAUCCUACCACGGUGGCGCUCAGCACUGCCAUCACCACCACCAUCGCCACCGCUCUCCUGUUCAUCCUCAUGGGCUUCGUGCAGCUCUACGGUAUAUUCGGCGUUCAGGAACGUCCGCAGCAGUACCCGUGGCUCUGGUGGGGCUGGCAGUUCUCCGUCAGACUCCUCGAGCUGUCCGUCUGCGGCCUCCUGGCCUGGGUCGCCAGCCUGUCCCAGUACCCGCUGCGCGAGAAGCAGAUGCAGCAACACUCGGCGCACUCGGGCUUCGCUCUGUUCCCCUGCGGCAGUUCCACCUCCACGGAGAACAUGGACGAUGUACUCUACCCCGCUAUAUGUAGCACCAACCAAGCGAUUCAGAAUUACACCAUGAGAACGGGAAAGCAAGUUUACGACGACAGUUUCCCGCUGAACACUUUGCCCGAGCAUUUGAACAUAUCAGGUACCUUCGAGAGACAUUCCAUUCGCAAGUCAGGUACAAUGGGCCACUUUCCUCACGAAGGUCGGGGUUCUUUAAGUCGCCACGGUAACGGCAUACAGACUCUAAGGAACUCGGAGACCCGCGGGAGGCAUACGCCUGUUCAAGGCCUACACGAACAAGUUCCGACCAGCGGCUCGACGAUGCUCGUCGCCGAGGAUGGCUUCGUUAGGUUCCGGAGUCUUGGCGCGGAGGAGGACGAGCUGUCCGACACGCAGAGUAUGGUCGGCACUCACGGCAGGGGAAGCUCGCUCGCCGGUAGCGUCAGGUACAACGCGAGGCAUCCCGCGGUACAGCACCAGCAUCCCCAUCAGCAUCAGCACUCGUUGCAGCAACACUCGCAUCCGAGUCAGCAUCAAGCCCACCACCAACUUUACAACAACACAUAAAGGCUGUGCCAACGCGAUGACUAGAAACGUGAUUCUCGUUGACUCGACGAUCGUCGAUGAAACCUAGGCUGUAUCGACGCCCGCGAGAAUCGUCGCCCUCGCAAACUUCGGUCUAAACUAAUUUUAUCUCGUACUCUAUGUAAGAUAUGUCCUGUGUAUAGACAACCUAAUUGCCAUUCCUGCUCUCCCGCUUCGCAUCGACGUCCGAGCCAAGCCUCUGCCGUACGAUAUCUAUACAUAUUUAUUUUGAUCCUCGAUAAGCGAGUAAAAGUAUACGGUGAACUCGUUUGGGGUUCCUCUACCUAUAUGUGGGUAGUUCAGGGUAUAUCGAAACUUGAUCUUAUAUUAGGCACUUGGUACUUAUUAAGAUUCAUGUGAUUGAAAAAAAAACAUAAAGAAAUAAUGUGUCUCACUGAAAUAUAUAGGAAAACGCUUCUCUCUCGGUUUUAUGUUCACUGUUAGUACCGGACACACGGCUGUGGAACGUAUCGGAGGAACAAAUGAUUUUCAAAUCGGUUCUAACGCCACACAAGGAAUUCCAAUCGUACUUUAGCAAACACGUUGCUAUUUAUUCGCUGCCACUGUUACAUAGAAGACUUCGGCGGUUUCUAUUGUCCCAGCAGUUUUUAUAACCGUAUAGAUUCGUUAUUUUACAUAGUCUUACGUGUACGUUAAAGUUACUUGAGUAACCUCCUGAAAUUCAAUUGGUCUCUCAUCCUUUAUUCAACUUGCCGUCUUAACGGAGAUUCGACCUAAAAUCAGCUUUGCGAUCAGCAGGAAGUAUAUUUUUUACAAAAAAUUAUACGCGAGGUCCAAACACACAACUGGGGAAAACAAUUACGAUUCUCAUUCAGGUAUUCCGAGAUUAGGAUAUGAUUGUGUCAAGCUGAAAGCGAUGUUUGUACAGUCGAUGAUAAUUUAUCACUCAGUCCAAUUGUACGAUUUAGUUAGCGGCUAAGAUUAGAUUAAGAAUUGCGGGUUACGUUAAGUUUAGCCAUUAAGUUAGGCAAGACGCGACUAACGUCAACAGGUUUACACUUAAUAAAUCGAAUGAGAAUAAGACGAAAAAAAAAUACUAUUACCGAUCUAGAAUAGAUGACAUAAGUGCGAUUUAACGUCACACACACACACAGGCCAGCAUUUUACUUUAUUUCUCAGAUUCUAAGGUACAAAAUAGUACUUUUUACCUUUCACUUCGUAUAUCGAUAGGUCGCAAUGUAUAUGUUUAUAUAUGGACACUGUAAAUAAGGUGUACGGGCUCGUCGUGAGUGAAUCUACUGUUACGAUGGAAUCUGAUUGGAUUCUACUCGACACAUUGGAAUUUAUACAUCUCUUGGUUGUAUAAAAAAAAGAUGCAAGACUUGUAUUUUAAUUUAUCUCAGAAGCUGUAUUUAUUACGUGAGAGACAUUCCGCGACAAGUGAUCAGUGUGAAUGCGCGAUCGAUUUGUGUGGAAUUUUAUUGCAAUUAUAAAUUUACCUAGGGCGCUAAACGAAACGGAACAAAUGUAAAUAAAAGCUUUUUUGCGAA